GGCCAAUUGAAGAAGCUGUUGUUCAGCAGUUCCCGAGAGCCGGUCGGGAAGGGAGCGAAGUGGCAAGAUGGUGUUGGAGAGCACCAUGGUUUGUGUGGACAACAGUGAGUAUAUGCGGAACGGGGACUUCUUGCCAACCCGGCUGCAGGCCCAACAGGACGCUGUCAACAUAGUAUGUCACUCAAAGACCCGCAGCAACCCCGAAAACAACGUGGGCCUCAUCACACUGGCCAAUGACUGUGAAGUGCUGACCACGCUCACCCCUGACACUGGGCGAAUCCUCUCCAAGCUCCACACAGUCCAGCCUAAGGGCAAGAUCACCUUCUGUACUGGCAUCCGCGUGGCCCACCUGGCUCUGAAGCACCGGCAGGGCAAGAAUCACAAGAUGCGCAUCAUUGCCUUUGUGGGAAGCCCCGUGGAGGACAACGAGAAGGAUCUGGUGAAACUAGCCAAACGCCUCAAGAAAGAGAAAGUGAAUGUUGACAUCAUCAAUUUUGGGGAAGAGGAGGUGAACACGGAGAAGCUGACGGCCUUUGUGAACACAUUGAAUGGCAAAGAUGGGACCGGCUCCCAUCUCGUCACCGUGCCUCCGGGGCCUAGCUUGGCCGAUGCCCUCAUCAGUUCUCCGAUUCUGGCUGGCGAAGGUGGUGCCAUGCUGGGUCUUGGUGCCAGUGACUUUGAAUUUGGAGUGGAUCCCAGUGCUGACCCUGAGCUGGCCCUGGCCCUUCGUGUUUCUAUGGAGGAGCAGCGGCAGCGGCAGGAGGAAGAGGCGCGGCGGGCUGCUGCAGCCUCUGCAGCUGAAGCUGGAAUUGCUGCUACUGGGGCUGAAGGUGAAAGAGACUCAGAUGAUGCGCUGCUGAAGAUGACCAUCAACCAGCAGGAGUUUGGACGCCCAGGGCUUCCUGACCUAAGCAGCAUGACUGAGGAGGAGCAGAUCGCCUAUGCCAUGCAGAUGUCCCUACAGGGAGCAGAGUUUGGUCAGGCAGAAUCAGCUGACAUUGAUGCCAACUCGGCCAUGGACACAUCAGAGCCAGCCAAGGAGGAGGAUGAUUAUGAUGUGAUGCAGGACCCCGAGUUCCUUCAGAGCGUCCUAGAAAACCUGCCAGGUGUGGAUCCCAACAAUGAGGCCAUCCGAAAUGCCAUGGGCUCCCUGGCCUCCCAGGCCACCAAGGAUGGCAAGAAGGACAAGAAGGAGGAAGAGAAGAAAUGAGACUGGAGGAGAAUGGGCAGCCGAGACUGCCAGGGGACUGCGUAGUGUGGGUGGAUUAUAGAGUUAGAUAUGCUAUCUGCAACCUUUCCAACCUAAAUAAAGCUUGGCAAGUUUGUUUUUUCC